GAUACCUUUACUGUUUGAUUAUUCUCAUAUUAUUUUUGUUAAAGAAAAUUUAAACAAAAUUUCGCUUUACUAAUGAUUUUAUUUUUAGAAAUAUAAUAUUUAAAACAAUAUAAAUGUUGGUUCUGAAAAAUGGAUAGAUUUGAAUACAUGGAGGCGCGUUUAUUUGACGGCGAAAAUUAUAUAAAACGCGAUAAAAACGUGAAGCUGUAUGAUGGCGAAGAUAAGACUCAAUACGUAGAUGGUGAGGUAGUGCUUACAUCUCACAGACUACUGUGGGGAAAGCCAGGCGACAUACCCAAAGGCCUUAUUUGUUUAUCUCUCUAUUUGUACUAUGUUUUCUGUUUGGAAGAAGAGAAUGGUGGCGUUUUUGGCCUAGGCGGUCCGAAACGUAUAAUAUUGCAUUUGGGGCCUGCCCUUCCAGGAAAAAGACCUGGCCCAGCUGUAAUAAGCACUUACCACUUCAUAAAGCUUUCAUUCAAAGAUGGUAUAGAUGCUGCUUUUUACAAAGCUUUGAGUGAUGCUGUGGCUGCAAAGUUAUGGGAAAAGCAUCCAAUAGAAACAAAUGCGUUCAGCAGCCCCAACAUGAGCCCAAGACCAUCAAUAAACCCUAUUAAUUCUAAAAUUCGAUCAGGAAUAGUUGGGAUUGAAAGAAGCAUUGAAGAACAACAUAAAGCAACUGAUGAAAGUAUCAGCGUUGCUUUUAAAGAUUUAACUAAGCUAAUGGAAAAGGCUAAAGAUAUGGUUUCUAUUUCCAAAACAAUCUCUACUAAAAUCAGGGAAAAACAAGGUGACAUAUCCGAGGAUGAUACAGUAAGAUUCAAGUCAUACUUAAUGAGUCUUGGAAUUGAUGACCCAGUGACCAGAGAUGCAUUUAGAUCUGACUCAGAGUAUUAUAUGGGGCUCGCACAACAAAUAUCUGAUAUGAUGGUUGCGGCACUGAUGGAAUGUGGAGGCAUAAUGUCCCUGGCUGAUGUUUGGUGCCGCGUGAAUAGAGCAAGAGGUUUGGAACUAAUAUCCCCAGAAGAUUUACUUAAUGCUUGCAAGUUACUCCCAAACAUUGAUGCGCCAAUGUCUCUUCGCAAAUUUCCAAGUGGCGCAUGUGUCCUUCAGCUGAAUAAUAACAGAGAUGAAGAAGUUGCAAAAGCUACUAGUCAAUUGAUUGAAGAAAAUGGCUCGCUUACUCCUAUUAAACUAUCGCAAAUCGCAAACGUAUCCGUCCUCUUAGCGCGUGAACGUCUCUUCACUACAGAAAGACUUGGAAUGGCCUGCAGGGACGAAUCUAUUGAAGGAUUAGCUUUUUAUCCAAAUCUAUUUUUAAGCAAAGUGUAAAUUAUAUUUAUAUUUAAUAAUAUAUUUUCUUGAGACUUCGAAGUUCGAAA